AUGGACAGUAGUAGAUAUACCGAGACGCAAGGUAUAUAUCUAGCGCAAUGUAUCUACCUUGAGGGGCAUAGUCGUUAUAGAGAGCCAGUCAAAGGGCGCUAUCCACUGAUUGGCUGAAUACUAUUAAUAUUUCAAAUAUCUAUCAACGAGCAAUCUCUCUCCGGCCUCUCUCUGAUGAGCGUUAUUUCUGGCACUAAUUAAUUUUGUCUUUAUUAAUAAUAAUAAUAAUAAUAAUAAUAAUAAUAAUAAUAAUAACGAUGUUAUUCAACUUUAAAAAUGCAUGACAUAAUUUACAGAAAUAUUUGAAGUAAGAAUUGAGCACCAUACAACAUUAAGAAUUAUAUAAAUCAUAAAAAUACCAUCACUGUGUCAAUAACGAUUUCCCAAAUACAUCCUUGCUGCUCAGGUGCGAUUGAUAGCUCUUGCAGGCAGUCCAUUGUUUUAAAUAAAGUCAUGACAAAAGAAAAAUGUCCGUCUCUAAUAUUAAAAAGAAACAAGUUAAAAAGAAUAAAAUCUUGUAUUCCUAAAUUCUUAAUUCUCUAAAAUAAUAAUCAUAAUCAUAAUAAUAGACUAUUGUUAUUAUAAUUUCAGAGGCAGUUCAUUAAUACUUGAAGAAUGAGAUGUUUUUAUGCUUUCAAACAGAAUUUGGCAUGUCCCUCACCUGAGGAAAAAAAUCAAGUUAUCGUUGUGCCAAAACAGGUCCUUGGUUUAACGCCAGUGUUUAAAACUAACAAUAACAACAAACAAUUCUGUCACCUUUUCAAGUUCUUCUUAUAUUAAUGUUUUGUAUUCAUUUAUAAAUUUAACUAUUUUACACUUCCUUCAUAGCAUAGAAAUAGCUUUUUACCUCUUCUCCUUUUUUUUUUUCCUUUUCUUUUUAUUCGUGCAUUUGUGCUUCAGUUUUCUUGCUGACCUGUAAUUUAAUUUUAUUUAAUUCUGAUGUCAACUGGCUGCCUGGCCCCGCUAGCCCCCAUGGUUAUUCCAGGCGGCCAGCACUCUAAUUUUCACUUUUAAUAUUUUCAUGGUUGUAAUUUAUUUUUGAGCAAGAGUGAGUACAAAUAAAGAUUGUUGUUGUUGCUGAGGAUUGUGAUUAAGUAAAACUGAAUAGUCUCACUCUGUUACAAAAACGUGGCUCUGCUUAAUUGUAGUAGAGAAUUGUUUCAUAUUUCAAAUACAUACAACAAGUGUUUUCCUCUGUUUCAAUUCACUGAUAACUGUAACAAGCGCAGAAGAUGUAUCUCAACCUGUUGGCCGGAAGCUGUUAUCCACCUGUGUAACUUCACACAGAACUUGGCUCCUACUAAUACUUAAAAACCAAUUUGUCCAGAUUAAACGGUUUCAGACUAAGAUAACAGUUAUUUAAUAACUUUUAGAUUUUUCAACAAUAUUUAUGGUCAAUCCUAUGAAUUCUAAUUGACUUGAGAGGAAAACAGUGUCGUGUAAAAUAUUGUUAGGUAAAUUUAGCAUGUCCCUACCAGUGGCGUUGAUUUUAAUGACCGUCCCUAGUUGAUUUACGUCCCUAUCCUUAAAAGGUAACAAAACCAGCCAUUUUUUCCUCAUAGCCAUCUGAUAUGUGAUAUGCAACCAGCGAUGUUCAUCGUUUUGUUCAUUUGUUCAUUGUUCAUUUGCCGGGGGUAUUUUGGAAUUUAUGAUCAUCAUCAUCCUUAUUAUCUUCAUGUUUUUCUUUCAUUUUUUAGAGGCAGUUCCGUCAAAUAUAGCUUAUAAAUGAGUAUCCUUGAAGAUGAACGGAUAACUCUGAAUUUCAUCAGAACACAAGCCAGUUUUCACUGCUACACAAAGCUAAUUACAUAUUUAACAGCAUUCGUGCCUCUUAGCGCUCAGAAGCGAAAACGAACUAAUUUCGGCUUUUCCCGCUUUUUCAUUUGCUUGGAUUCGAUUGGUUCAUUUGACUUUGGACCUUGUGAUUGGCUCGACUUUUAUGGUUGUAUUAUAGGACGCUUGAAACCGCUCUAAUAGGGUCUUAAAACUAUAAUAAAACUCAAAUCACUUUGACAAACCUACAAGCGUCCGCCAUCAUGUUACGCGGACACUUUAUUUACCCUUAAUCAUUGAACUGAAAUCCAACUUGCUCUUGGGACGACCUGGUUAACAUCAUUUCAAAAUCCGCUGUCCACUCUAUUUACUUUUGGAUAGAAAUCUAUGGCAGCCUUAAUAUAACGUUAUUUUUUGUUGCAUUUGCAGUUUGUUUCCAGGAAGAAGGUCUGAGAACUAGGCGUGGGUUGGAAACCACCACCUGAUUGUUUACAAAAGCGGAACUUGGUAACUUGUAGAUUAUUAUUAGAACUUGAUCAAAAUAAUAUGCAAACAGUACAAAAAAGCGUACUAGGCAAAAUUUUUGUGUGCUUCUUAACAUACCUUUCCAAAAGUAAUUCAACACGGGACUCAAACUGAUAUCGACUUGUGACUAGCUAAUCCAUAAAUUAACUAUUCUUAUGUUAGCUUGUAGAGCAGGUGUUUUUCCACUUCUGUUAUUAUUGUUUUUGCCGUUAUGGUAAACGUUGCUUUCGAAAGUUUGUUUCGAGUAGCAUACGAAAACUGACCACAUUUGAGUGUCUUUGUCAUCGAAGUAGCUACAGUAUUUGAAUAUCCUGUAAAACUGUUCAUAUUAAGCGCCUCGGCGACUUUAUUUAAAUUUUGCAUCACACACCCAGGACAGUUUAAUGAUAUUUCGAAUUCAUCUGACUUAUUUCACCCUCCAACUCAGACUGCAGAGCCACAUUACUUUAAUCAAUUGCAAGUCUUUAACUAAUUAUAAUUUUUAUUUAUUAUUCAUUUAUUCAUCCACUUUUCCUGCUAUAAGUACGAAGACGACUUUAUGUAGUAUAAAAACGGUAAAUAAGACAGACGCAUGUAACGUCUGACGGCAUAAACGUUCUCUGUUAUUAAGUGAGUCGUUCAGACGCACUUACAGACGACUUAAAAGUCUCAGACGUUAAAUGCGUCUAGUUGACUUAAAUGUCUCUAGUAUAAAAAUGGCCAUGCUUUCUUUCGUUUUUCUUUGCUUCCGAUCCUUAUUGAUGUCUCUUUUACAUAACCAGGUAAAGAGACAGAGGGAAACAUGGUGGCAAAGCGGAGAUUUCGAAUGCAAGGGACCCUCGACGGUGGUCUUAGUUGGUUGGUUGUUUUUGGAUCAUUCAUGUCACAGUUUGUCGUUAUGGGAAUACACUUCGUUUUCGGCCUUUUGUACAUUGAUCUGUUAAACGAGUUUGGACAAAGCAAGGCCACCACAGGUGAGAAUGAGUUGCAGCGUGGUGGGGCCCCCUAGUUCACUGCCCGCCAUAGCCGCUGGCUGGAUUUUUUCUCGAUUUUCUCGAGUGAAACUCUUCGGCCACGCUUGAAAAUAGCCAACUGGUUUGCUUCUGGCUUGUUGGGAUUCUUAACCUUGUUAUGUUUAUUUUCAAAUGUUUGUGUAUGUUUUUAUUCGUGGGCCUCAAUGAAAACUAAUGGGUCAGUAUCUGUGAUGUGUCUGCAUUAUCCAAUAGCGAAGACGGAAAUUGUUUCCUCGUACGAAGGACUAGCACUCCAAAUGGAAAACAUUUUGUUUGCAGGUGAAGUGGCCUAGUGGCUCGCUAUGACACUCGCCGUAAAUUUCCUUCCUUAAUAGCAGUAGCUUUUUGGUCAGUAAUCGUCAGCUCCACCCCUCGGCCACGCCUAUUUAUAGCAGCCACCCAGUCCAUUUCCACUACAGUUGUUCUUACUGAAACCAUGUUAUGUUGAAUUUAGGUUUGCCUGAUUCUAAGGUUUGCAACAACAAAGCCCUGACAAAUGCAGUGGAAACCCAACAUUAGCGUAUUGUAACUCCAAGAGCCGGGUUAAGCUGUCAGGUUAAAACUAUUCCUGGAUGAAGUAAAAGAUAUAAUUUUAGUGAUAAAUUGAGCUAUUAUCAACGAAAGAGGACAUGUAACAGUGUCAAAAAAGCGACCGUGACACUUUCAAAAGGAUUUUUUUUAGCUUAUCUGACAGCUGAAUUUUUUGCCGUCAGGUUUACGGUUAUGGUUUACCCAAGGUCCCGUUUAUAUGGAGAAAAAUUGUCCCGGGAAACAGGGUCACUUUCCCAGCCGAGUGGUUUAUAAUUUAUGAGAAAAAGGGUUGACCCCUUUACCCGAUCGAGCCAACAGCACUUUGGCAUGCUCUGGUUGCCUUGCCUUGACCGAGUUGACCCGACCGGGUGGGCCAAAGUUAGGAGGAUGAUCCCACUAUCGAACUAAAAAGAGUGAACUUCUAGCGUAGGCAACCUUUUGUAUCUCAUGUAAACGGCUCGCCAACUUUUGUAAGGAAAUGAAGGACAAGUUGUCUCACCCAGGGUAGCUUGGAAACCAGAGUGACCUUUCUACCCGGGACAAGUUUUCUCCAUUUAACCGGGUCUCGAGACUCCUUCAGCUUAGUGUCCUCAUUAUUAUCCCUUGACAUUUUCGGCUUCGCCUUUUCUCAACAGCAUGGGUUGCUUCGAUUGCAUUCGGCUUCACUUUUUGCCUGGCACCUCUGGGUAGUUUGCUGUGCAAAAAACUUGGUUGCAAAGUAGUCAUGGCAGUCGGUGGAAUAAUGAUCGGAAUUGGUAUUUUCCUUUCCUCUUUCGUCGAUACGAUUUUCCUCAUGUAUGUCACAUAUUCGUUGAUAUUCGGCCUGGGAUCUAGCAUGUGCUACAUGGCUUCAGUUUUGGUGCUCAGCGAAUACUUUAACAAAAAUUUAGUUGUUGCCAAUGGAAUCGCUCUGGCUGGAGCGGGCGUGGGAGCCAUAUCACUUGCGCCCGCGCUCAGCUUUCUACUGGACAAUUAUAACUGGCGUAAUGCAGUUCGUAUUCUCAGUGGAGCGUCACUUGUGCUACUGUGCUGUGCAUUUAUUUAUUAUUUGGUGCCGUCGCCGCUGCAAUUUGUCGAUGCUGAGGAUUGCCAAAAAGAAAAGAAAUGUUUUGACUUCUCAUUAUUUAAGAACAAGGCUUAUGUUCUGUUGAUUGCUGCUAAUGGAUUGGUGUUAUUUGGAUUUUAUAUGCCAUACGUUCACUUGGUAAGUUUAUUCUCUAGUCAGUGGGUUUUAGUAGCUGUUAGUUAGCCCCUAAAAGAAACGUUUUUAGGGCAUUACACACGGUAGGAAAUCAUGACGAAGCCCUUAAACGUCUGCGUGGGAGGCUAGUGGUUAAGUAUGCUGCGGAUUGAUUCACGAAGUAUUCCGUCAGAGAAAUACUGAAGCUGAGCGGUUGGCUGCUCUAAGGUGACCAAAGGGGGCCAAAGGUAGCCUGUUCCAGGCUCUCAGAUAGUAGGGAUGACGCGUAAGUGAAAGGCACGCGAAAAUGUGAGCGCGUGAUUUUGGAAAUGGGCGCGGUGGCGCUUUCUCAAUUUCGCGGACCCAACUAUCUCGGAGCCUGGAACAGGCCAUGACAUAGGCAGCUGAUAAAUAUUAUAGAACUUAAAUCUGAUAUCGGAAAAAAUGCCAGCGCGAGUGUAGCAAAUUGGACUUUCUGCCCACAACUCGCGCUAUACUUUCUCUCCAAUUUUAUUGCGAGUCAUGUUUGGAGAAAUCCUUUCUACUCACUGCCACCGGCAGGCUGCGAGAUUUUAUAGAAACAGACAUUUCCAAGCAAUUGAUUGCGUGCAUAACAUUUUCUCUAAAACGGAAACUCUACUAAUUUUAUCACUAUUGCUGUUAUUUUAUUAAACGCAUAGCCUUAGUUUUUGAAAGUUUGAUCAGGUGUAUAUUUUUUCUGCAUAAUUCUUUAAUUGUAACAGGUAGCAAGAUAGUGUUUAUUGUCGUUUAUAGCCCCCCUUCCAGUUAUGAGCCCAUCAACCUUUAAACAAUGAAACAUAUUCGGCUAUAAGCUCCCCGCGGUUGUAAGCCCCUCUCUAGCUUGAGGACCUUGUAUUGACCUUGACGUCGAUUCAUUAUGAAGUUUUGAAUCUUAAUUGUGAUCAUCAUUGCUAGAGCAUGUUUGAAAGCGGUUUUUCUACUCGGUUAUCAGCCCCUACGGAUAUACGCCCCUCUAUUUAGAAGCCCUCUUAAAACUCCCUGCGAAGCUUUAUAAGCCCAGGGCUUAUAAGGCGCAGUUUACGGUUGUUCAAAAGAACAAGUGUUCUAUUGGCUUUAACUUUGUUAUUUAAAGGGGUGUUUUCACUAGAAGUCUGGCAAGUUUUUGAACAAGCUGCUCUAGAAUUACUUGCUCACAUUUUCCUCGUUCACCUCUUUUGUCUCAUACAGGUACGACACGGACAAGACCUUGGCAUCCACAAACAGAAAGGUGGUGUUUUAGUCGGCUUCAUUGCAGUGUCAGAAACAGUUGGAAAGAUUAUCGUUGGCCGAAUUGCUGAUCAUCCGCGUGUGAACCGAGUUUACCUGUAUCAGAUGUGCAUGUUGGUCUGUAGCGUUCUUACCACUCUUCUUCCUAUUUUGACCUCCUAUAAAUCCCUGUUAGCCUAUUGUAUAUUGUUUGGCGUCCACGAUGGCGGCUUUGUCGUCCUUAUAGCCGUAUUAGUCGGAGAUGUCGUCGGAAAGAAAAAGAUGGCAUCAGCCUAUGGGAUUAUGUAUUGUAUUGCUAGUAUUCCAAUGAUACUAGGACCACCAAUAGCUGGUAAGUGUUGCAUUGUGGGUGCAGCUGACAACUAAACUUAUUUCAGCCAGGGGUGAUCCAAUCACAGUCAGACUGAGAUUCUUCUCUCAAGAGGAGCCAUGGGAAAUGGCAUGAGGCAUUCUUUUACUUAUUUGUUUUUGUAAAGGGUUUGUUUUUACCACAGCAGGAUUAGCUCAGUCGAUAGAGCGCUUGACUGCAGAGCGGGACUGAGGUCUGGGGCCGGACCAAUACUCAGGAUCUUAAAAUAACUAAGAAAUAAAGGUACUCCCUUUGCACUGCAAGCGGACAGACCUGGGGUGGCUCGGAUGACCACUAACUGAAUGGUGGUCCCGUCUCCAGUUAGUAAUUUCCUGCUAAAAACAUUGACACUCAAAUAUAGUGCUUAUAGUCACUUAGUUGUUGAUCGCAACUUGCCUAUCCCUGUACAGCGUCUUCCCAGGCCUUCUGGAUCGGUACAUUUCGGUGACGUAUCGGAGAUGAACGGCUGGGACCACGUGAUCCGGAAAUCAUUGGCCGCGCGCAAUAAUGAGGCCUAGGGACUAGGCAGGAUCGCAACGUUUCGACUACGUUCUGCAGGUCUUUAUCAGGAGGUGACGUCGUCCCCUAUAACGCCAACAAUGCUUAGGAUCGAAACCCACCAACCAUGAGUGAGGUUCGUGAUACACCAAUCACUACCAACCACGAUGGUACUAAUAGUACCGCUCAGUAAAUUGACACCAGUGAUGACUUGCAUUCUGCGGUCGAAACGUAGCGAUUAACAACCAAGUGACUAUCGUGAAACAAACGACAGAUAUGAAUCCUUUAUACACAUGCCACGAUGACUGAUAUCUUUCAUGAUAUUUAUUUUUUGUUUCAUUCUUCGGUUCCUUACAGGAAAAUUAGUAAAUAUGAUAUACAUUCUCUGGUAUGUCUUCUGCUUUACUUUCGCAUCUAGAAAUGUUCUUUUUUCUUUAACGUCUUUUGUUUUAUUACAAUUUUACUAGUUUUUGUUGAUGAUGUGUAAAAAAGGGGUUUCACUCAGAGAAAUUAAAUAUAGCCUUGGGGGAAGGGGCGAAAAGAGACUCCUUGUGGUGAGAGUGAGUGUUAAAUUUCCGAACAUGUGCUCUGUGAGUAGGAAAAAAACUGGCGUGUGCAAUCUUUUCCCUGUGUAUUUUUUAACUUUUUUUUAUUUAUUCAUUACUUGUUUAUUAUACCUAUUUUAGGAUGGAUGUAUCCUAUUCUCCAGUCGUACGUGCCUGCGUUUUACAUGUCUGGCGCCUUCACUACACUUGGAGUAUGUCUUUUAUUUUUGAUUCCUAUUCUACUUCCUCCUGAAAUUGCUCAAGAGUGGCGCAUGCGUAGAAAAGGUUAUCGGGUGCAAAUCCCAUCAUCCACCCCAAGUCAAGCUACAAAAUCAUUGACUUUGGAUUCCGGGUCAUUCUCUUCUGAGUCGGAAGAUCGUGACAGUAAAGUUUCGGAGUCUGGUAAAGGGGUGAAGUGUUAUGAAAAGAAAGAUAUCACCGUUUCGUUGGUAAAAGAUUCUGUUGAAUUGGAGAUUGUCAAAGAAAAAGCGGAUACAUCAACUGUAGGAUGUGUCCUAGAAAAAUACUUUUCUAUGCCUAAACUCGUAAACCAACAAGACUGCGUUUUGGGAUAUUUCAGUGACUACUCAAGGGAUUCAGAAGACGUGUGGAUUCACUCUUUGGACCCGAACAGAGAGACUAUGGUUUAGUUUAAUAACACUUAAGUUGAAUAUUUAUUUCAAUUAGAUAAUAUAUUCAUAACGGUGAAAAUAUUUCGAAAAAGGGCAGAACUGUCGCGGCCCUUUGAUGGUGACAAAAAGAAACAGAUCGAGUCGGAUCGAGUCUUAUAUGAACAAUGAAAAUGAGCUUUUCAGUAAACGCAAGACUAUAACCUUUAAUUGGAAGUCAACGUUAAUGUAGACUAUGUUCACAGUAUAUACUGGACACCUCUUGCGCCGGCACGAAAACCAUACCAGACAGGGCUUCUAUUCACACAAUACAACGGUGAUUUCAGCGGGAUUUCUGCUACGGAGCGAAGAUGCGCUGCGCUGAUAUCGAAAGUGGAGUAUCACAUAUCGGUUAGUUUCAGUGACACACUUUGGUACAGUGUGAACAGGUAUUUGGACCGUAGCCGCAGUAAAUAAGAAGGCGCGAGGACUGAAAUCCAUUGAGACCGAAGUAAACAUUCAAGGCCCAGUUUUUCGAAGGCCAGUUAGCGCUUAACCCAGUGUUAAAUUUAACCCUGGUUUCUUUUUCUUUUGUUCAAAAGCAUUUUCUCGGAUAGUUUUCGCUGUCAUUUUAAGCUUUCAUAUCUGAAUUCAAAUUUCGCAAAUUCCUGGGUUAUCUUAACCCAGCUUUGAAAGACCCGGCCCAGGAGUGAGGACUGGGAUUUGGUUCAGCAAACCCUCACGGUGAAUCCCUCAGGCACGAUGUUCGAUGUGUGUUAAAGAUUGCCUAGUCCCUGUAUGGCGUUUUCCCAGGCCCUCUGAUUCAAUUCACUUCGGUGGGGAGACGCCGUCACUUCGUCGCUUGAACCACGUGACCCGAAACGUAUUGGCCGCGCGAAAUAAUGAGGCCUAGGGACUAUGCAAUGUUGACGACUCGUUCCAGUUGUGUUCCGUUGCUGUUCAUACUUAACUAUACCUUUGGCUUUAGCUUUAUUUCAAGAGAUAUUACAAAUAAAUAAUUUUUAAUUAUUUAUAUAACCUAGUCUACGGCGCGUCUAGGAUUUAGUGGAGGGGUUUCGGAUAAAUGUCUGCUAGAGGCAAACCAUCCUAGGGGGGUCGGGGCAUGCUCCCCCUGAAAAUUUUGAAUAAAGGUCCUGUGAAAGGUGAUUUCCAGGAUUUUAAACGAUUAUUGUAGGUUGUCACAUGCCUUUGAAACGACCUCUUUCUCUAGCUAUUUUUAAACAUGGACUACUCUUAAAAAUUUACAAUAAUCGAGACCAAUAUCGAAAAUAAACCUGAAAUAACGGUUAUAAAUUUGUAUUUGCCAUGUGCUCUGAAUCACUCUUGACUUUUCUUGAGUUUUUUGAAAGGGUGCUAGAUAUAAGUCCUGAAAAACUGGGCGCCUACAAACCUGGUCAAUAUUUAUCGAUUGACUACUCCGAGAUUUUAAUACUUAAGGCAGAUUUCUGGAGUAUAAAGCCCAGGAAGUCAGGUAUUGUUCUUGCUAAAGGGCUUUGUGACGAGUUCACCAUUUGAUAUGUGGACAUUUCUGGGAAAUUAGAAUUAUAUUUGUUUUCAAUUAUUGUCUUAAUAUAAAUUAGAAUACUAAUAUAAAAAAGAGGUUUAUUUAACUGAGUUGAGAGCUGUAGAUUUAAUAAUACAUUACCUCUGCUUACAUUAGAAUUUAAAGCUGCCUGAACGAUCGAUUUGUUGGUUUUCAUCCGUUUAGUCUGUUUAAAAAAUGUGUCCUAGAUAUUUAUAAAGCGCUAAUGGAUUUGUGCACUUCAGCCCGGUUACAAGGAUGAAAGUGGUUUGAAUUCUGGCGGUCCGGAUGGCAUCGUCUUCCAUUGCCUGCUGCAUUUUCCACAAUAUAAGCAUCCCAUUUUACUACAGUGAUACAGUUUUAAGAGUUGCCGAAGCUAUGAUAGGCUCGAAAGUUAAAAUUUUUGUAUUUCGUCAUGUUCAGCUUUGUUUCUCGAAUUUGGCGCCAGAUAUAGUCCCUAGGAUCUUUGGCCUUUUCUCAAUUCUCAUCUCGGAGAUCGGGCAGAAAUUUCUCAUACGAACCCAGGGCGAAAUUCAUCCGAGCUCAUGUAAAGAGGCCCUUGCGAAGCGAAAUCGGGAGCAAUGGACGUAGGUGAAUCGACCUUUUCUUUAUUGAAUCAAAUUUCUUUUGAUCAAGGAUUUGAAUAAAAUGUAGGGGCGAUGACUUUAAUA